CACACUCCAUGCAAAUGCACAACAUACCCUCCUCCGAAAAUCCUAACCACCAUCCAUGGCUUCCACUUUCCGCCCUCACCUUCUCUUUCUCCUACUCUUACCUCUCUCCGUCACUGCCAACCUCCACAAAUCUAAAACCCUCCUCAAAUCGAGUCUCCUCUCCUCCACAACUACAUCCCACCUCAAAGACACCCCACCAACCACGUACUUCGAAGUCACCAAACCCAUCAGACUUCCCAAGACCGAACCUUGCGUCUAUCCCAUUCUCCACCAUGAUUUCGGCUAUACAUAUGGGAAACCUCCAAUUCUAGCAAACUAUACCGCACCUUCUCACUGCCCAUCUCACGAUUUCUCUAAAAUUGUCCUUGAAUGGAAUGCCACCUGCAAAGGAAGGCAAUUUGAUCGGAUUUUUGGGAUCUGGCUAGAUGGGGUCGAACUUCUUAGGAGCUGCACUGCAGAGCCAAGAGCUACUGGGAUUAUGUGGAGUGUCAAGAAGGACAUAACAAGGUAUUACACUUUGCUUGUUAAGAAUGAGACACGAAGUCUUGCUGUUUAUUUGGGUAAUUUAGUUGAUCGAACUUAUACUGGCGUGUAUCAUGUGGACAUAACUGUUUAUUAUUACCCUGCUGAGAAGAAAUUCAAUGACUUUGAGAGCAAUUUGGAGAAUUUAGCAUCUGGGUAUGGCUCUAGGGCUGAUUUAAUCUUACCCAUUUCACGGAAUUUUCCAUUGAAUGAUGGGUUGUGGUUUGAAAUUGAAAAUUCCACAGACACUGAAGGGAAGGAAAUCAAAAUUCCUCAAAAUGUGUUUAGGGCUGUGUUAGAGUUGAAUGUGUCAUUCCAUGAGAGUGAUGAGUCUUGGUAUGGAAAUCCACCAAAUGACUAUCUUUUGGCUAAUAAUCUUACUGACACAGCAGGAAAUGGGCCUUUCAGGGAAAUUGUGGUUACUCUUGAUGGAAAUGUGAUUGGUGCAAUUUGGCCUUUUACUGUGGUUUAUACCGGAGGGAUUAACCCCCUCUUGUGGAGACCAAUUUCUGGCAUUGGAUCAUUUGAUCUCCCUACAUAUGAUAUUGAAAUUACUCCAUUUUUAGGGAAUAUGUUGGAUGGUAAAACGCAUACAUUGCAGUUCCGUGUUACAAAUGCUUUGAAUGUUUGGUAUAUUGAUGCCAAUCUGCAUCUCUGGUUGGAUGGAAAGAGCACAUAUAAUGAAGGGAAGCUUCUUCAGCAUCAGGUUAUGCCUCUUGCUAUUUCCUAUUCAUCAGAUUUCAAGGGUUUAAAUGGAACUUUCUUGACAAAAGCAAACAGGUCCAUAUCCUCAACUGGAUGGGUUAAGUCAUCUCAUGGCAAGAUCACAACUACAGCCAUUCAAAAGUUUAGUUAUAGCAACUCAAUGGUGAUGAGAGAUAAUGGGAAUGUUCAGAUAGUGAAUCAGGAGAUCCAUUUUGAUGACAGUGUUCAGGUCAAGAAGCCAUACACUUUCUCCAAAGCAAAGAAAUCACGUAAGAGGUUUCUUAUCAACUUAUAUUCCAACAAUAUGGGUCAAGGAAAUAGAACUUAUUUAUCUGUAGCUAAUGUUACGCUGGGAUUUAAUGAAAAGAAGUUCAGAGUCAGAGGUGCUGGUUUCAAAAUGCCUGUCAGUUCUCUCGAAAAUUUGCAGAAUGGGCAGGGCAUCAUGGUUGUUAAGAACAACUUGGUUGUCAGUGGAGUCGGGAGUACCCAACAGAAGUACAGGUAUGAAGGCAAUAAAUUUUGCUACUUUAGGAACAUUAGCAGUUCAAACUACACCAUUCUUAAUGAUGAAGUCAGAAAUGCAUGCAAUAGAAGAACCCGAUCCAGUCCUGGUUUUGGGCUUAGCAGCAGAUGGUUACCUUCAUUUUAGUUAAAAAAUGAGAGUAGUAAGCUAUUUGACUAUGCAUUCUUUAUCACAGCUUCUGGUGAUGGAAUGAAGAUGCAAGUAUGUUCACAAAUUUGGCUUCUUUUGUGUUGUAAUUUGCAAUCCCAUCCUUUGAGUCUUCGACUUUUCUGUAAACCUGAAAUGCAGAAUAAGAUAAAGCCUGUUAUUGGAAUGAAGAAACUCUGAUCGUUGAUAUUUGGCUGUUGAGUUGCUUCAAUGCUUAUGCUGGUCUGUGGACAUUAGAUUGACAUGUUUGUAUGGAAAUGGAGUUCUCUUCUGGCAAAAUUCAACAUCAAAUCCAAUUUUUUUGCCUUUGCCAUGCUAAAAUGGAGUUAUUUGCAGGUGUUUCAUGGCUGUAUCCUUUACCAACAUUCAUGUUAGUACUGACUGUUAUGUCAAUGCUUUAGCUUCCAUCUUUUGUUUCCUUUCCUAGCUGCUUCUUUUGGAACCUAGGGAGGAAAAGACCGAGAGUGAGUCUCUUAGUUGGUGCUUGGUGAAUUGUGUUGUAUAGUUUGGCAAUGAUGAUACAUGUAGAAGGGAUUUAAUUUGGAAGUGAAUGCUUUAGUGGGAAACUGAAUUCUGUGAUUUGUGGUCACUUGAAAUUAUUCUGUCAUGUUACGGAAGAUUGUUGACAUGAGACAAGCAAUCCUAUGUUGAACAAUUGAAAACCCCACCAACAAGAGCUUAGCAGAGUUUGUACCACUAAUUACAAAGCUUUGAUUUUGAGUCAAGUGUAGGGGUUAAACCUAUGCGAUGCUCACUGCUAA